ACUCCCCUGGAGUCCGUGCCUUGUCUUUUGACGAGGAGACAGUGGACGACCCCCAACCGUCCACUUCCAGGGGAUAUUCUCGCUUGCGGAAUGCCCCAGACCCGCUCCUCUAUCUGUACUCAUCCGCCGACGAAGUCGAUGAUGAUGUAUCAGAUGAGGACUAUACACCUCCUCUGAAGCUCCCCAGGACUAGUGAUCUGUCUGGUAAGUUUUCUAUCUUCUUUUUGACUUGUAAAAAUACCUGGAUCUUUGGACAUGUACUUUGUUUCUGCAUAGCAUAACUUUUUUUACAGAGAACUCAUGUUUUCUUUCGUAUUUUACAGAAGUUGAAAUCUCCGCCCAGUUCAACGAUGACGACUCGGAUUGGGAGGAAUCCGAGUCCGACUCCGAAGAAUCGGCCGGAGAGGCAAACUCAGACAUCGAUUACGAUUAUGUCCCGCUGAUGGAUACUUCUCUGGACUCGGACGAGCCCCUCGGAGAGUACGUACGACGCCGGUGGGAGCGCAACGCUCCCGGGUCUCCUCGUUUUGUUUGGUCAAGAGAGGAGAACUUCGUCCGGCGUCAGGGCUUCGAGGGGACACCGGGUGUGCACGAACACCUUGACGCAUCGUCCAGUCCCUUGGAGAUAUUCCUCAGCUUGUUCCCAGAGGAGUUGUUCCAAACUAUUGUGGAUGAAACGAAUCGGUACGCUCGACAGAACCCGCGCAACGGUGCAGGAGCUCCGCUCAUAUGUCGGCCUGAGAUUCCUUUCGGGACUUCAGGGGAAGAGGUGCCUAAGGGAUCUUUGGUCGACGGACCCGUUGCUGUGGACCGCUUUGACAUCCUGACCUCCGCGCUCCACUUCGCUGACAACGAAGGGGAGCACCCCGCGGAGGACAGGUUGUGGAAGCUGGGCCCUGUGAUUGACGUCUUGGAUUCGACGUACCGUUCCGUUCUCAUCCCCAACAAGAACGUGACCGUGGACGAGAGCUUGUGGGCCUUCAAGGGCAGGCAUCAGGCCCUUCAGUAUAACCCUAGCAAGAGGGCACGGAGGGGCCUGAAGGUCUACAAGCUCUGCUCGUCCGACGGUCCAGAGGCAGGGUAUACGGCGGCCUUCAAUGUUUACAUGGGGCAAGAUCGCGGCGAGUUCCCGGCGAGUAUGAAGGCCGUCGACGACCUGAUGACGAAGGCAAAGCUGUACGACAAGGGGUAUCAGUUGUACACAGACAACUGGUAUUCCUCCCCGACUCUCUUUCACUACCUGCAGUCCCGAAAAACCAGCGCCAUUGGUACGGUUCGUACCAACAGGCGCGGUAUGCCCUCGGACUUGCAGGCGAGUCGGGGACAAAUCGACUUCCGGAGCAGCAACACCGGAAUGCUUUGCCUGCAGUGGAUUGACAAGCGUCCUGUGACAAUGCUUUCCACUGCCCACACAUCCAAGGUCAUUACCCUGCCUCCCAACCGCCGAGGGGUGGAGAGGUCGAAGCCCGAAGUUGUUGCCUGUUACAACAACGGGAUGAAGGGCGUCGAUCUCUCGGAUCAGCUGGCGCAGUCAUAUCCAGCAACCAAGAAGACCAUCAAGUGGUACAAAAAGGUCUUCUUCUACAUGCUGGAUAUGACGACCGUCAACGCGCUGGCUGUCCACCGGGCCCUCGGCGGAAGGUUUUCGCAAUACAAGUUCCGUACGGAACUUGUCCGGGAAUUGCUGCAGCAUGGUGGCCGGCCUGGCUCCUUCCGCCGGAACCCUCCUCAGAACCAACCUGAGGAGGAUCCCCAGCAGGCGCACAUGCCAGUCGACACCCCCUUCCGGAGGUGGCGGAGAUGUGCGUUCUGCUAG